CCUGCGGCAGAAGAACGUGUGUGAGGUGAAGGAUCACAAGUUCACCGCCCGCUUCUUCAAGCAGCCCACCUUCUGCAGCCACUGCACCGACUUCAUCUGGGGAUUUGGGAAACAAGGAUUCCAGUGUCAAGGACAAAUAAAACCGAGAUUGCCAGGGUGACAGAAUCCAAAUGACAUCGAGAAAGAAAGAAAGAAAGAAGAAUGAACUUGCAUUUAUUUAGUGCCUUUCACAACCUUGGGACGCCUUAAAUCGCUUUCCAGUCAUGAGUUUGCUGCUUUGUGGUGCACAAGAGGUGUCACGAGUUUGUUACCUUCUCCUGUCCCGGAGCAGAUAAAGGACCAGACACUGAUGACCCAAGGAGCAAACAUAAAUUUAAAAUCCACACUUAUGGCAGCCCAACCUUCUGUGAUCACUGUGGCUCACUGCUGUAUGGUCUCAUUCACCAAGGGAUGAAAUGUGACACCUGUGACCUGAACGUGCACAAGAAAUGUGUCGUAAACGUGCCCAGCAUGUGUGGAACAGACCACACGGAGAGGAGGGGCCGAAUAUUCCUGAAAGUGGAGGUUGACAAUGACAGCUUGCUCCAUGUUACAGUGCGAGAUGCAAAAAACCUAAUCCCCAUGGAUCCCAACGGUCUUUCAGAUCCCUACGUGAAACUCAAACUCAUCCCUGAUCCCAAAAGCGAAAGCAAACAGAAAACAAAAACCAUCCGUUCAACACUCAACCCCAGCUGGAAUGAAUCAUUCACAUUUAAAUUGAAAAGUAGUGACAAGGAUCGCCGACUCUCAGUGGAGAUCUGGGACUGGGAUAGGACCACAAGGAAUGACUUUAUGGGUGCCUUGUCCUUCGGUGUAUCUGAGCUGAUGAAGUCCGCAGUGAUUGGCUGGUUUAAACUCUUAAGCCAGGAAGAAGGAGAGUAUUACAAUGUCCCCAUCAUUGAGGACGACGAGGAUUCUGAACUUCGCAAGAAAUUUGAGAAAGCCAAACUUGGUCCUGCUGGAAAAAAGGUGAUUGAGAGGAAACCAAGUUCGCCUACAAACAACUUGGACCAUGUGAAUCUGACAGACUUCAAUUUCUUAAUGGUGCUGGGCAAAGGAAGUUUUGGAAAGGUUAUGCUAUCAGAGAGGAAGGGAACCAACGAGCUGUAUGCCAUCAAGAUCUUGAAGAAAGACGUUGUCAUUCAGGAUGAUGAUGUGGAAUGUACCAUGAUUGAAAAGCGGGUCCUAGCCCUGAUGGAAAAGCCCCAUUUCCUAACACAGCUGCAUUCGUGUUUUCAAACUUCGGAUCGUCUUUAUUUCGUCAUGGAAUAUGUGAACGGUGGUGAUCUGAUGUACCACAUUCAGCAAGUCGGAAAGUUUAAGGAACCCCAGGCAGUAUUCUAUGCAGCAGAGAUUGCUGUGGGACUGUUCUUCUUGCAUAAGAAGGGGAUCAUUUACAGAGACUUAAAGCUGGAUAAUGUGAUGCUGGAUGCCGAGGGACACAUUAAAAUCGCAGAUUUUGGCAUGUGCAAAGAGGGCAUAUUCGACAGUGUGACAACCCGAACCUUUUGUGGGACCCCAGACUACAUAGCGCCAGAGAUUAUUGCUUAUCAGCCAUAUGGAAAGUCUGUGGACUGGUGGGCUUAUGGAGUAUUGCUUUAUGAAAUGUUGGCUGGACAGCCUCCAUUUGACGGAGAAGAUGAGGACGAACUUUUCCAAUCUAUAAUGGAGCACAACGUCUCAUAUCCUAAAUCACUGACAAAGGAGGCUGUCUUGAUCUGCAAGGGGCUAAUGACAAAACAUCCAGCAAAGCGUCUUGGCUGUGGAUCUGAGGGAGAGAGAGAUAUCCGGGAUCAUGCUUUCUUCCGGAGAAUUGAUUGGGAGAAACUGGAACAAAGGGAGAUACAGCCUCCAUUCAAGCCAAAAGUGAGCACCACAAACAACGCAGAUUUCAUUCAUUGCGGCAGAAGUGCUGAAAACUUUGACAAGUUCUUCACACGAGGCCAACCAGUGUUAACACCACCUGACCAGCUGGUCAUAGCCAACAUUGACCAGACAGAGUUUGAAGGAUUCUCAUUUGUAAACCAAGAAUUCCUUCACCCCAGUUUAACCAAUGUUGUAUGAAACUGAGAAUGAAGAGGACAAGCAGCAGCAGUAAAUGGGCCUUUGUUUAAAAUGUCUAUAAUCAAUCAACAAUGAAUUUUACAAGAUUAAAAAUGUUCAGAAAAAGUUAAGGAACAAGCACUUUUAACUUUUAGAAAAAAAUUAAUAUACUUCAAGGAAAUAUAUUGACAAUUUUAAAGUCCAGCUUUAAAUCAGUCUAAUAUAAUUGUGAAUUGUUCUGAUAACUAAUCGGACAGGAAGAUUUUUAGGAAUACAUUCUCCUCUGCUGCAUUCUAAUAUGUUUUUUUCAAAUGUUGAGAUACAAAUUGCAAUACACAUUUGGCCCCCAAGGGACCAGUUUUUUCUGCCUUGUCUUCCCAAUAAUCAAAGAUAGUUCAUAGUCUCGGCAUCAAAACAACUGUUUCUCCAAAAAUGUCAUAGAUGAAAUAUGUUUGAGUAAAUCAAAAUUUGUAUCUCAAGACAUUCUCCAUCUGUAAUUUGCACUAAUAUAUAAAACUGAUAUUUCCAUUCAGAUUACAGAUCAAGAAUCUGAAAGUUUUGCAGGAAAUAGUUGAAAGGGGAGCAGAGGAGAAAAAAAAGUCGAUCAAAUAAUUUUGGUAUUUUAACUUGUACUAGAGAUCGCUUGUCCAAAGUAGCCACUGAGAGGAUGUAAUACAUUUUCUCAUGUGAAUCACACGGUGAAUUUGACAUGUUCCUGUUCAAAGACACAGAAAUUAAAUCUAGUGCACAAAGCAAACAAUCAGUGCUGGAGACUAUUCUACUAAUUUUAUAUUAAACUACAAAGAAUACUGUGCUACAGUUGUCUAGCUCAUAUCUCAUUAUAGUUUAUUGUAUGGGAUGAGCUUUUGUUUCUUAGAAAUAGCAAUGUUCAACUUUCAGCAAAGCUUUGGCUUUGUUAAAGCACAUGUUCAAUGUGUCACAGGAGCACUAACUUCAUACAACAGCAAUUAGCAAAUUGUCUUUCAUUUUGUUAAAUCUGCAAUGUAAUUAUGUAAAUUGUGUCACUAAAAUAGAAUCCAUUCACUUGAGUGACAUUUUGAGAAAAAUUCCAUGGCAUUUCUCAUGACAGUCCCCCAUUAAGAUAUUAACUGAAAGUUUUCUUGAAAUUUUCAAAGAUCUAUUGCAGUUUUUAAACUUAAGGCGAAAAGAUUUUUUUUUCUUAAGAUGUUUGCUUGUACCAUUACAAAUUAGCCUUUAAAGGAAAAUACAUUUUUAAAAAAUUAAACUUCUUGAUGUAUUGUUUAGCUCCUGUACUUACCACUACAGUAAGCAGAACUAUUUUGGUCAAACUUGCUUUAUUUUUCUUAAGGUUGGACAGUAAAUGCUAAUUCUUAAAGAGGCACAGUAAGUCCAUGUAUGCACCUUCAUUCAGUUGCAAAAUGGGAGCUGGUUAUGAUCAUUUUUGCCUUGAUUUCGGAAACAGUAAUUUAGUGACUCACUAUUCUGCCUUUAAGAAAUGCAUGUCAUAAUACAAUUAGCAUGUUGUCAAUAGGUGCUGUAUGCAACAACAUUAAGAAAGCACGUAUGUUUGGUUGUUGGUCUAAACAGUGUUUGCCGUUUCCAAGUUGAAAAAUGCAUCGUUUAAAAAGAAUUACAAUUGAAAAUAGCAUUUUUUUAAAAAGAAAUCACAUCCUUCAAUGCUUGUGCUGAUUACACUUCUUCAUACUAUUCUUCACAUUACACAAUUCAGAGUCACAUGCCUGAUUUUGCCAAUUUAUUGAAGAUACAGUUAAAUGGACAUAAGCACCCAGCCCAUUGUGAGUUGGAACAUCAACAUUUAAAGCAAGUGUUAAUUGAUGCUAAAUGCAAAAAUUUUAGAUGAAUUAAUAAAAUGGUUAAAAUAUAUGUGAUUCCUAAUACACACUUUAAGCACUGCUGUGUGACAUCUUUCACAAUUUACAGAAACCUUGUGGACCAAAAGUUUACCCAGUGAGCUUGAAUACAAAUAUUUACUGAAGCAGAGGUAGUAAGGAGGGAAAGUGCUUGUAAAUUAAAUGCUUAUAUAUAUAUAUAUAAAAAAAACAAAGAUAUAAUUUUUGUUAUGAUUUAAAAUUGGGAAAAAAAGUUCAAGAUUGAUCAGAUAUCUGAUCUUUGUCAAUUAUCCCAAAAUUAUUUUAAAAGGCAGUCUCUCCAAAACAAUUAGGGUUAGUUUUGACAUUGAUGUGGUUAUUUUGUUUUGAAUUGAAUGAUGAAGACAUCAUUGAGGGGAUGACUUAGAGAAGUCUGUAAGUCCCAUGGUUUAAGAGGACUGAAUAAACAUGGUUGAAGUAUCAUGGUAGCAACUAACAUUAAUUCUGCUCCCUUACAUUGUUUGAAUCAGCAUGCAGUCCAGUUCUGUAUCUCUUCCAAAAAGUCAUCUGGUUAUUGUGGUUCAUACAAUUGUUUCUCCAAACUAAUAAAAUGGAUAGUAAAAUAAAAACAGGGUUAUUCAUGUUCUUUGUAAAGGGCUGAAUUUUUGUAAAGGAAUACUGAUAAUGAGGCUGCCCCCUUCAGUGUUUUGAGAUUUACAUAAAGAAACCCUACAUCACUUUACAGAACAGAGAACAUUCAGUAUCAUCAACUACGGUGUGCAUUGCUGAAUUAAAUAUGUUUCCAGGUAAUUUUUUACCCCUCACACCAAAUAAACCCUCAGCCACUCAACUGUCCACUUUCACCUGCUUUAUGCCAACUCACCACAAGUCAUUUAAGUGUUCUUUAAACAAAAGCUUUUAAAUUAAAUUAUAGAUUAUAUAUUUGAAUAAUAUGAAGUGUAUUUCAAGAUAAUUCAACCACAUGGCUUUGUAUGUUUUCGUAAACUGCUUGAGCUUUGCCCUGUCAGAUUCUAUUCAAUGAACUUCUCUUGUUGAAUUUCUGCCUUGUAACUGCCCAGCCCAGCCAACUUUAUCCUCUUGACUUAAGUGACUGCAGAUUUCAUAUCACCACCUUAUUAACACCACUAACAAUAAUGCUAAAAUAUGACUCCAGUUGAGUACAUGGAUUCACAGGAAUACAGCAGUGGAGUAAUUACCAACAGGCAAUUAAACAGAGCCAUACAUUUCACAGAAUUGUUACAGCACAGAACAAGACCAUUCAUACAGAUUAUUUAAAAUGGAGGGUACAAAUUACCUAGUCAACUGUUUUACUGAAGAUUGACGUUGGGUGGGGGUGUGUAAGAGAGAAAAUCAAUUUUCCUGAAUGAUUCAGGAAGCCCAAACAUUUGUAUUUUGAUAUAGUUCUGCAUAAAGUAUAGAGAUUUUAGCAUUUUGAAGUGGUUGAGUUUCUAUGCAAAGGAUUUAUGUAACAUUUCAUAGAAUGUAUUGUGGGCAUCUUUGUCCAGUAGCAAAACUUCCUGUUUUUUCCUUGUUUUCAUACUAUAUUGGUGAAUAACCAUGUACAUGUAUAGCAUUCCCCUGUGUUUUUGAAGUAUGAAUGUCAAAAAGCACUGAUAUCAGGCUUCUUAAAUAUUGAUACAUCUUUAUUUAAAAAUGAGUAAUAUUGCAGAAAGCUAUAUGGGAAAAGACAUUGAUGAAGCUGUAACUCACCAGACUGUUAGAAUACUUUCAGGGAGUUCUGGCCAGAGUUAGUUCCAGAAACUGAAUCCCACAGUUGCCGUAAUGGCUGUGAGUUUGUUCACACUGCAGAAUACCUAAUAAAUUGUGCAGUGUAGGCUAUUACAUCAUAGUUAUCCUGAAGAUUUUCUAAUGCAAAGAUCAGUGAUGUAAUUCUACCUUAUCCCAAGUCAUAUUAUUGUUUACAGUCCUUCAUAAAAUGACAAGUAAAUCACUUGACGAGAACAAUAUGCCCAUAUAAACCAAAAAAAUCUAUUCACAGUAUUUCUAAACAUUUUGAAGGUGUUUCAAGUUUCUGAUUUGCAAUGCCAAAAGUCAUAUUCCCAUCCUUUAUCGCAAGCAGUAAUAUUAUUUUCUUUACCAUUGCACUCUAAACACUUAGGGACUGUAGCAAGCCAGCAAGGGAAUAGGUACAGAGGUCAAAGUAUUCAUUUAGAAGUUGGUAGGAGACGGUGUAUUGUUAAAGCAUAAUGUUUUCUUUUUCUAUUAUAUAAUAAGCAACUUGCUUUCCUCAUUGUUUUGCAUGGUAUUGUUAUAUGUUAAUUGUAGUUUGACAAUGUAUAAAAAUAAACAAAGUGGCUGUCAA